AGGCCUCCGCGGCAACUUUAAGUAGAAGUAGGAACGCCUGGCAGAAAAAGAGUUGAUGUCUUGUACAUAUGGUCGCAUGAAGUCCUUCCGUCUCACGGAACAGCCAUGCGACUAUUAUUUGUUGCCUUUAUAGCUUUAGCAAUUCAUCUAUUUCAAUGCAAAGAAGCUAGUCUGCCGAUCGUCAUCAACACAUGGGGCCCGCCAUUCACAAAUGCCACUGCACAAGCAUGGAAGGUGAUAUCUUCUGGGUCCUCAGCUCUGGAUGCUGUGGAGGUUGGAUGUUCUGUGUGUGAGGUAGAGCAGUGUGACGGAACUGUGGGUUAUGGGGGCAGUCCGAAUGAAGAUGGGGAAACCACUCUUGAUGCUAUGAUUAUGGAUGGGAUAACACACGAUGUUGGAGCAGUAGGAUGUUUAAAGAGGGUUAAGAAUGCCAUCGGUGUGGCAAGGAGUGUGAUGGAACACUCUAAAGAGACCUUUCUUGUGGGGGAAGAUGCUACAAGGUUUGCAAUUCAGAUGGGAUUUAAAGAAGAGAACUUGACAACAAAAGCUUCAAUGGAUAUGUGGAAAAAAUGGAAAAGCAAUAAAUGUCAACCCAAUUACAGACAGAACGUUGUGCCCAACCCUUCAACGUCCUGUGGCCCGUACAAACCAAAGAGUGAUAAAAGGUACACAAGCAAAGUCAACAAAGAAGUUGACAGAAAUAACCAUGAUACAAUUGGUAUGGUGGUGGUUGAUGCCAAUGGCAAUAUGGCAGGAGGAACUUCAACCAAUGGAGCAAGUCAUAAAGUCCCUGGAAGGGUUGGUGACUCCCCUAUUGCUGGCUCAGGUGCUUAUGUCGAUAAUGAAGUAGGUGGUGCGGCGGCUACUGGUGAUGGGGACGUUAUGAUGAGGUUUUUGCCAAGUCUUGUAGCAGUGGAGUACAUGCGUCAGGGAAAACCCCCAACACAGGCGGCCCAAAUGGCACUUGGUAGGAUAGUCAAGUAUUACCCAGAUUUUAGUGGGGGCUUGGUGGCUGUAAACAAGCAAGGAGAAUAUGGUGCUGCCUGUCAUGGCUGGUCUUUCUUCAAGUUCUCUGUCGUGAGUCCCAAGCUUGGAGGGAACGUCACUGUUAUACCUGUCAAACCCAUUGAAUAAUAUAUCACCGUGCAUACAACGCCAACAUUACCCAGUAUUGCUGGCCACGCCUCGCUCGAUGAAACAAAAGACAAAGGAAAUGUUGGCAAACUGAUUCACAGCACCUCCCAAUGCUGGCCAGAAAUGUUGGCUGCUCUUGACAUAAAUGCUGUCGCUAUUCGCAGCGGGAUUAACGAGUGUAGACAUUCCAAACUUGCUAAUCAAGCUCUACGAUCUACACAAAAACAAUUCCCGUUUCCAAAGCCUCUUACGUCUCUUAGUCAAUGUAAAGCCAAGCUCAAUGGAGCGCUCGGCAAUAACGGCACCUCGAAGACGCAGGUGUUGAGAGCGAUGCUCUUGUCCACACCCUCGACUAGGGUCCGCGGGGAUGGGUAGAGAACAAUUAUCGAAGGCUUGGUUCUUUACCACCGGAGGCGGCGACUGGGAUGUUGUGAGAACUCAGCUACGGCGUUGGUGGUCGGUAGAGCUUUGCUGUCAACGCUACGCUCGGUUGUCUACAAGAAAGAGGAAAUGUUGGCGAACUGCUUUACAAAACCUCUCAUUUGACAGUUCAAAGCAAAGGAAAACUUUUCUCGAUUUGAUUGACUCGUAAAGGAUACGUGACAUGUUGGCGAACUGCUUUACAAAACCUCUCAUUUGACAGUUCAAAGCAAAGGAAAACUUUUCUUGAUUUGAUUGGCUCGUAAAGGAUACGUGACAAGACUACCGGAAGUCAUUAUUAGUUGAGGGCGGAUGUGUGAAUCACGGGUAUUUGUGCAGGCGGUUUUCCCCCCUUCUCUUUUCUCUCCCCCCUGCCCUGCGUCCGUUUUUGCGCUCGCCCCCAGAAACCAAGAUGGCGCCCGAUCACCGAACUGAGCGGGUUUACCGCGAUAAUAACACCGAGUAACGACUGCAAGAUGGCGCCCGAUCACCGAACUGAGCGGGUUUACCGCGAUAAUAACACCGAGUUACGCCUGCAAGAUGGCGCCCGAUCACCGAACUGAGCGGGUUUUCCGCGAUAAUAACACCGAGUAACGCCUGCAAGAUGGCGCCCGAUCACCGAACUGAGCGGGUUUACCGCGAUAAUAACACCGAGUAACGCCUGCAAGAUGGCGCCCGAUCACCGAACUGAGCGGGUUUACCGCGAUAAUAACACCGAGUAACGCCUGCAAGAUGGCGCCCGAUCACCGAACUGAGCGGGUUUUCCGCGAUAAUAACACCGAGUAACGCCUGCAAGAUGGCGCCCGAUCACCGAACUGGGCGGGUUUUCCGCGAUAAUAACACCGAGUAACGCCUGCAAGAUGGUGCCCGAUCACCGAACUGAGCGGGAUUACCGCGAUAAUAACACCGAGUAACGCCUGCAAGAUGGCGCCCGAUUACCGAACUGAGCGGGUUUUUCGCGAUAAUAACACCUAGUAACGCCUGCAAGAUGGCGCCCGAUCACCGAACUGAGCGGGUUUUCCGCGAUAAUAACACCGAGUAACGCCUGCAAGCAGGCUAGUUGCACUUUGGCUUUAUGCAGCCUGCGAUGAUAAUGUUAUUUUUCGCGCGGUCAAAUCG